CAGUACGUUUUUGAAUUCCAUUUAGUAGAAUACAUUCUCUGGUGCAUGCAGCAAAACAGUAGCAUGGAUAAAAUAGCGCCUACAGUGACGUUAAAUAACGGUAAACAAAUGCCAAUUCUUGGUCUCGGAACUUGGAUGCUCCGAGGAGGCGAAGCUGUAGAGACGAUCAAAUUCGCUAUCGACGCAGGCUACCGCCAUUUCGAUACGGCUUGCUAUUACCGCAAUGAAGUUGAAGUUGGACAAGCAAUUCGAGCGAAAAUAGCCGAAGGUGUCAUCCGACGUGAGGACGUCUUCGUAACUACCAAACUCUUAAACAGCCACCACAAUCCCGCACACGUUGAAGAAGCCUUCCAGCGAUCUUACGAUAAACUUAACAUCGGGUACAUCGAUUUGUACCUCAUGCAUUCGCCGUUCAAUUUCGAAUUUCAAUCAUGGGAACCCCAAGACCUGGAUGCCAAUCCGAAAUUAGCCUCCGUCGAUUUCGUGGACACUUGGCGUGCUAUGGAAAAACUGCUACAAACCGGAAAAGUUCGUAGCCUUGGGGUUUCCAACUUCAACAGCGAACAGCUCACGCGUAUUGUGAACGAGUGUCAAGUGAAGCCAGUCACUAAUCAGGUUGAAUGCAAUCCUGCUAUCAACCAACGACGGCUUACGGCGUUCUGUAAGGAUCUAAAUGUCACCGUAACUGCGUACACUCCUUUUGGGCAGCUGAAUGACGCUAAGGAAAAUGCAAUUAAUGAUCCGCGUGUAGCAGAAAUAGCUAGCAAAUACAGCAAAACUCCCACACAAAUUGUGCUCCGAUACCUCGUCGAGCUUGGAACGAUUCCCAUACCGAAAUCUGCUAAUCCGAAGCGAAUUCGAGAGAAUCUGGAGAUUUUCGACUUUCGUCUUACCGAAGCGGAGAUUCAGCUGAUGGACAGCUUCAACACAGGGGUUCGCGUUUGGCCUUUUACGUUCUGUGUUUCCAGCAAAUAUUACCCAUUUAAUAUUGAAUUUUGAGCUCUAAAUGUUGCGUUUUGAAUAUUAGGAACCCUUAAUAAAACAUGAAAGCACUUUGAAUGAAACAAUUUUUUCUCAUUUU